CAUCAAUUUUUAUUACGUGACUAAAGCUCGUCAUUAAUUUAAAAAAAUGACCGACCAGCUUUGUAAACUCUUCGUCGGCGGGCUAAACGUGGACACCGACGACGAUGGCCUGCGCAAGCACUUCGAGCAGUAUGGAACCUUGACCGACUGCGUUGUGGUCGUGAACAAGCAGCUGCAGAGGUCCCGCUGCUUCGGCUUUGUCACCUACUCCACACCAGAGGAGGCCGACGCAGCCAUGGCAGCCAGGCCGCACACCGUCGAUGGAAACUCCGUCGAGGUGAAGCGCGCCGUUGCGAGAGAGGACGCAAACAAACCAGAGGCCCUCGCCAAGGUGAAGAAGAUAUUCGUCGGUGGCUUGAAAGACGACAUCGAGGAGGAGCACCUAAGCGAGUAUUUCUCUCAGUACGGCCAGAUCGAGAAGGCCGAAGUCAUCUCGGAGAAGGAGACCGGGAAGAAACGCGGCUUCGGCUUUGUUUACUUCACCGACCACGACGCCGCCGACAAAGCCGUGGUGGUUAAAUUUCACACCGUCAAUGGACACAAAGUGGAGGUGAAGAAAGCCCUCACCAAGCAGGAGAUGCAGGCGGCCAACAGGACCGGCAUGGCGCCCAGAGGCAGACCGGGCAGAGGCAUGAGGGGGAAUCAAAAUGGCUACGGCAGCAGAGACUACGGCGGAAACUACAACUACGGAAAUGGCGGAGGCUACAACUGUGGCGGCUACGGAGGGUAUGGAGGAGGACCAUAUGGGGGUGGCGGCUAUGGCGACCAGGGCAGUGGCUAUGGAGGUGGAAAUGGCUACAAUGAGUUCGGUAGCGGCUACGGGCAGCACUCUUCUGGGUACGGCCCCAUGAAAGGGCCUCCUUUCGGCGGCCAGAGGAGCGCCGCUCCCUACACCCGAGGAGGGGGAGGUGGUGGAUACCCGAGGGGGGGUUACGGCGGCGGCGGCUAUUAAAAAAAGACUGCACAUCUGGAAAACAAAACACCCCCACCGCCUGCCAUAAGUUACCUCCAGCCAGGAUUUGGACGUCAAAACUCAAUAAUCAGUAACGGGGCGUCUGCCGUGCUAUCCAACCAUGGCAGAGAUACGGACACAGAGACCCCCCCCUCUCUCCCCCCCUAAUCAUAAUGAAGACCUCAAAAACACAAACAGGUAGGAAGGUCACUUCCCAGAAAACCUGAUUUAAAAACGAGCAGCUGUUGCCGUUCAACUAGGACACGUUCAAAAAUAAAGAAUAAAAAAAAUACAAAAGUACAGUGAUCCAUUUUUAUGUAGUUGUCGUUUAGAGUUGGAAUAUUAUUUUUUAUUUGCGUUUAUUCGCUGUUUUUGGAAGAAAAUUUCGAUGUAGGAUUGUUUAUUUGCUCUCAAGUUCUAUGGUUAUUUCAAUAUUUUGCAUUUUUAAGAAAAAGCGACUAGAUUUGUUUUAUGGAAUAAGAUUAGUGUGAUUUAUUUUUUAUUUUUUCCCAAUGUAUGAGGAUGAGAAAGCAUGUUUUUGUGGUUUUUUGAAUUUCAUAGCUUUGUCAUACUUGAUAACAACAACAAUCUGUAUAAUUAUUUUUUACUUGGGUCAUUUAGUAAAAGGCGGGGAGGUGAUACUGCAGGAUCCAAUUUCCUUGUGUCCUUCCCCAUACUGUGUUCAAUACUCAAACUCCUCACGCAUAGUAAUAGUUUCAGUCUAAAUAUUGUUCAUUUUUCCAUUUACCUGUAGCAAUAUCUAAUGUAUAUUGUAUACUUUCAUGUCUGGAGAACAAAACUUACUGUUAAAACACUUUGGUAUGCAUAUGUAUGUUCAUUUUAAAUAAAACGUUAUACCACUUA